AGGAAGUACUGAUUUGCUCAUAUUUGACGCUUCCUGCUUUCCGCGCACUCAGGACGGCCCCACGCGCCCCUCCGCUCUGCAGCCGCUGGGUGGAGGGCUGGCUGUGUUGGAGGAGCAGAGGAGAAGCAGGAAUCAAACAGGUGUCCGGUCAGCUCCAUCAGCCCGCAGGAGGAGGUCCACAUCGACGGUGAUGAACAGCCGAAAGCUCGCAGCCUCCUGACCGACAGCGGAGCUCACAGCAGGAGGAGCAGGAGGAGGUGACCGACUGCUCCGCGCUGUAACAGGUGUGUCUGAGGAGCGCGCGGGUCACCCCCGCCCCCCCACACCGGAGCAGGAGCUCCGUCUCCUCUCCUGGACAUCCCAGAGGCGCUCACUCGUGUUUCUGCAGCAACAUAGGAGGAGGAGGAGCAGGAGAGGGAGAGGGGAGGCUUUUUUUCAGACGGCAAUUUAAAAACGGAGGAGGCGUGCUCUCCUGUCGGACACGGUUAGCGGCUCUGCCCGUCGUCAGCUGCCCAGUGUCGGCAGUGUUUGAUCUCACUGGGUCCGGACUCGUUUCUCCCCCCGGCGCGGAGGCAGGGAGCCGCCGCGUGUCCGGUGGAUCCAUCAGACCCGGACGGUGAGCGGAUUCGCGCACGGCAGAGCGGAGCGGCUCUCCCUCCCGUCCCAACCGGUUAUCAUGGCAACCAGGACAGCCGGGAGCGCGGGGGACACGGUGACGGCCCCCGCCCUACAGCGGGCCCGGGUCCCCGGGGCUCCCGCGGAGGAGUUCCAGGACUGGUGCCUGCGCACGUACGGAGACUCCGGUAAGACGAAGACCGUGACCCGCCGCAAGUACAACAAGAUCCUGCAGACGCUGCUGCAGGGGGACGAGGAGAACAGCCACGCGAUGUUCCUGCACGAGAAGAGCGGAAAUCACAUCAACGCCAAGUUCAAGUUCUGGGUCAAAUCCAAAGGCUUCCAGGUCAGGACGCUGCCCGACGCCAAGGGCGGCUCCGCGGGCGGCCCGGUGCUCUACGUGCCCAUCAAGGCGGCGACGUGUGCGGACGGCGUUUCAGCGGUCGACUCGUUCCUGAAGCGCGUGGCGGUGGUGGAGGACUUCUUUGACAUCAUCUACGCCAUGCACGUGGAGAUCAGCGGCGAUCCCGGCAAAGCACCGAAGCACGCCGGCCAGAAGAAGACCUACAAAGCUAUAGCGGAGACGUACGCCUUCCUGCCCAGAGAGGCGGUGACUCGCUUCCUGAUGAGCUGCGGCGAGUGUCAGAAGAGGAUGCACAUCAGCACCACCACGCAGGACUGCAAAGAGAACGACAGGCCGAGCCCUCAGGUGUCAGAGGUCAUUGACUACAACGUGCCUCUCACCACCACCUACAUGAAGCAGAUGAAGCUGCAGAGCAUCAGCAGCACUAAGGAUGACAGUUCAGUGAGCAGCGAGGAGGCCGAGAUGAGCGAGCCCACGUGGCUAGCAGCCGAUCUGGGAGCAGCGUCAGACCUGAGCCCAUCGAGCCGCGGAGAGAGGAUGCGCCACAGUCCGCAGAACGCCCACAGCAAAGAGGACGACGAUGAUUCGUCCUCAGAGAGCGGCAGUGGAAACGGCCUGCCCGCCCUGACCCCUCCCUCCUCUGCUGUGACAGAUGGCGCCGUAGUCAGGGAAACUGAGGUUGUGAAUGGAAACGGUGGCCCCGCCCCUCUCGACUUCAGCAGGCCCACUUCCUCUUCCUCAUCCUCUGAGGACCAGCAGCCGAUCAACCUGAGUGACCCGCCUCCUCAGCGCCUGCCUCUGCCCACCUCACACCUGCCCAUCACUGUCUCAGCGGCGGCCGCGGCGCUGCUCGGCGCGCUCCAUCCCAGCGCACCCGAGGAGCUCCGCAGGAAGUACCCGCUGGCUGCCAAACCUCCUCUAGCUCCACAUCCCGCCCUGCCGCUGCCCCUGCCGCACACACACGCUCCUCACAAUGCGCACGCCCCCAACACGCAGUCACACACACACGCGACCGAGCUGCGACUGGACCGCGACGGCAGGGAAUAUGGCGGCAAGUCCCCACAGUACAGUUCAGGCGGCAGCUACGACAGCAUGAAAAUGGACUUGAGCGCCGAAGACUUGACCGUGGGGCGUCAUGGCAGCCAGGGCGCUCCCGAUGAUGAUGACGACGACCACGACGACCACGACGACAACGACAAGAUGAACGACACGGAGGGCGUCGACCCCGAGAGAUUAAAAGCCUUUAAUAUGUUUGUGCGUCUGUUUGUGGACGAGAACUUGGAUCGGAUGGUGCCUAUCUCCAAGCAGCCUAAGGAGAAGAUCCAGGCCAUCAUCGAGUCCUGCAGCAGACAGUUCCCAGAGUUCCAGGAACGCGCCCGCAAGCGCAUCCGCACCUACCUCAAAUCCUGCCGUCGCAUGAAGAAGAACGGCAUGGAGACCCGCCCCACUCCACCUCACCUCACCUCGGCCAUGGCUGAGAACAUCCUGGCUGCUGCCUGCGAGAGCGAAUCACGCAACGCCGCCAAGAGGAUGCGCCUCGAAGCCUACCACGAUGAGCAGAUCACUCUGGAUAAGCCGUCCGGGGUCGGAGGCGUUCUGAGGGAGCCGGCGUCCCUCGCUCACUCCGCCUACUCAUUGGCCGCCUCAGCCUUCUCCUCCCAGGAGUCCCAGCUCUAUAUCAACGGCGCUGGCCUCAGCUACGGUUACCGUGGAUACCCAGGCCUGAGCGCCACCAUGCAACACCCUGUUUCCCUGACAACCGGUGCUGCUGCUGCCGCUGCUGCUGUUGCUGGUCAGACCAACGGCCCCACUGACCUCAGCAUGAAGUCUCACUCCUCCACCAACGUCAGCAACUCCUCCUCUUCUGUUGCCGCCAACAGCCUCAGUGGGCGGGGCAGUGGUGGUGGAGGAGGGGGCGGGGCGUCGACCCAGCUCAGCCAGCCAGAGAUCACGGCCGUGCGUCAGCUGAUCGCUGGAUACCGAGAGUCAGCCGCCUUCCUGCUGCGCUCAGCAGACGAGCUGGAAAACCUCAUCCUGCAGCAGAACUGAUCUCACACACACACACACACACACACACACUACCCCGUCACGUUUCCUGCGCCCUCGCCGGCCUCGCCUGGUUUUGAAACUGUGGCGACCGUUUGGAGGAAAACGGGAACCUGAGGCCGCAGCGAGGGCGGAGAAUCCACCGAAUCCUGCCUGAGAACAAAACCCGGAACGCCGCAGGAAGCUCGGCUCCUCUGCGGAGGCGCCUCACAAUCACAGAGGAGGAGGAGCAAAGACUCUCUGGGGAGCUGUGGGGUCGAUCUUCUUCUGGUUAUAAAAACGACGUCGCGCUGAGGCUGUCUGUUUUCGGACGCUGUCCGUUUCUUUGUUGGGACGUUUUCUCUUUCGUGAUUUUUCCGUUGGACUUUUUUAAAGUGAAAGAAGAAAAAGAACAGACUGUUCGUGCUCGCCUGUAUAUAAGCUCUCUGUGUCCUUCAGCACUUUCUCCUCACCUCUGACCUCACCCCGUCCUUGCCCUUGGCCCCGGGAGCCGCGCGCUCACUUAUGCAUCCGAGACGCCAUUUUGACCGCCAGGAAAUACCUCAGAUCAGACCUGCCAAUCAAACGCUCAGCUCCUGCAGGUGAAGCCGGGUUUCUCCGCCUCCUGAUGUCGUCAGCGUUUCUUUCUUUUCUGAGGAGAGUCGUGCACGUGUGCGCAGGUUUACCUCCAGCUUCUAUGAAACCUCAGCAUCUGUCCCUCCUCCUCCUCCUCUUCUUCUCUCUGUUUGGACCUACUCUCCGGCUCUUCUUCGUGGACCUAAACCUCCUCCUCUUCGUCAGGCUUGAGGAUGAGGAGGACUGCUCCGUCUUACUGUGUGUGUCUGUUAAACUCUGAGAUGGCCAUUACUAUUAUUGUUGUUAUUACUAUGAUUAUAAUGAUGAACUUUCAUGUUGCUGCUGCUAUUUUAAAAACCGGACCUUCUGCCAUAGACCUGAAACCUCAACACAGCCGGGCGGUAGCUCGCCGCAGUGCCCGGUGAAAACGCGACCAACCGGCUCAGAGAGCGACGGUCCGAUCCGGCGCUCCUCUCUAUCCCGCUGGCUGCUUGGUCGGCUGCUUUCUUUGUUUUGCUUCAUAGGGCUCGAUUCCUGUCGUGUUUUGUGACUUUCUAACUGUGAAUCUUCUUCUUUUCGGACCCUCCCCUCAGUUUGGAGGGCACGGGGAGGGCUGUACAAACUUCUAGUCCCGUGUAGAUUAAUACUAUCUGUUUGUUUACUAGUGGGUAACUUGUGAUUAGUCUGAGAGGAAAGUGAGGCAGCAGAUAAGUGGAGCGGGAGCUCCUCCCUCAGGUUCUGAGCCAUGUUGGAAUCACUCCUGAUGUUCUGGUCCCUGCUUACGCUCUGCUGCUUGAAGAGUUUGACGUUUGUGGAAAUAGGAUUUGCUUUCAAGUUAGAUGAAAAUCUGACCUCAUUGUUGUACCUGUCUGUAAAUUUCAGCUGCACCUUCCAACCCUGGAGCUCUAGAAGCUGCAGUUCCUCUGAUGUCCUCUGGAGGCUCCAGUGGUGGGUCGGCCUCAUAGACUCCCAUGUUAAAACUUUAGAGCAGAGGUUAACAUGCUUAUGGGUCAGCAGUAGCUUCUGGACCAUAUAGGAUACAAGACAGUAGCCCUAAGCUAGCUUAGCUUUAAACACUAGAAGCUGGGGGAAGUGGCUAGCUUACUCAUUAGCAUGUUAUGCCCUGUAAAAAGAAGCCAUACUAAAAAAAGAGAGAGAAAACAUAACAUGUUAGCUGGUGCUCUGUAAAGGAAUAAGCAGAUUUUCUGACCUUUAAACAGAGCCAGGCUAGCUGUUUACCCCUGCCUGCAGUCUUUGAGCUAAGCUAAGCUAGCUGUCAGAACAUCAAACGUCCCAUCAGGAUCUCUGCAAGGAAGCAAGUUAUUUCCCCAAACCCAAACUCUUCCUUUAAUUCUCGUUCUCAUCACCGCUGAGUACUUUUGUCUUUUGAUAGCGUUGUUUAAAGAUAAUUAUUUUUCAUUAUGUGAAAUUUAGCUUCAAAGUGCAUUUUGAACCUCAGCUCGUUGGGGUCUCGGGCUCGUUAAGGCCUCGGGCUCGU